CUCUCGUAAUUCCUUUUGGGGCAGGAGAGAGCAGCCGAAACAAUCAACGGCUUCCGAUCACAGAAAGGUUUUCUGAACUCUUCCGCAGCUAUCACUGUAAAUAGACAAAGCUCUCUCACCGUUUUUGAGAGAGAUACAGAAUGGGAAGACAGAAAGGAGAAGGAGCUAAGGGCAAGGCAAGACCUUCAAGCAGCAGUUUGGCGGCGUCGCUUGUGCCGGCGGGUUCCACAGCCACCGUUGGAUUCGGCGGCUAUGUCGGCGGCUCCCGUCUCGAUUCUUCUCUCGCUAGCGACGACUCAAUCCCGUUUGUUGACAUAGAUGGUGAAGUUGCACAGCACUUGAAGAGGCUUGGAAGGAAGGAUCCCACUACAAAGCUUAAAGCUUUGCAAUCUCUAUCUGUGCUGCUCAAGGAGAAGCCUGCGAGGGACAUAGUACCGAUUAUUCCACAAUGGGCAUUCGAAUACAAGAGGCUGUUGCAGGACUAUAAUAGGGAAGUUCGACGAGCCACUCAUGACACAAUGACUAAUCUUGUAGUUGCUGUCGGGAGAGAUUUAGCCCCACAUCUGAAGUCUUUGAUGGGGCCAUGGUGGUUUUCUCAAUUUGAUCCCGUUUUUGAAGUUUCUCAAGCUGCAAAAAGAUCAUUACAGGCAGCCUUUCAAGCACAGGAGAAGAGAUUAGAUGCUUUAAUGCUUUGCACAAAUGAGAUAUUUAUGUAUCUGGAAGAAAAUUUAAAGCUCUCACCAGAAAAUAUGUCUGAUAAAGCAGUUGCUUCGGACGAGUUGAAAGAGAUGCAUCAGCAGGUGAUAUCUGGAUCGUUACUGGCACUGGCCACACUACUCGAUGUGUUGGUUAGCAUGCAGUUAGAAAGACCUGGUUCUGAAAACGUAGCUCCCGAACCAAAACAUGCUUCAAAGGCUAGGGAAAUUGCUAUUUUGUUUGCUGAAAAGUUGUUUAGUGCUAAUAAAUAUUUUGUUGACUUUUUGAAGUCUCAAAGCUCUUCUAUCCGGUCAGCUGCAUUUUCUGUGUUAAGGAGUUUUAUAAAAAACAUUCCUCACACUUUUAAUGAAGGAAGUAUAAAAACUCUUUCUGGCACGAUACUUGGUGCUUUCCAGGAGAAGGAUCCUGCUUGUCAUUCAUCAAUGUGGGAUGCAGUGUUACUAUUUUCUAAAAGAUUCCCUGACAGUUGGACGUCCUUGAAUGUUCAAAAAAUCGUUCUCAAUCGGUUUUGGCAUUUUCUCAAGAAUGGUUGCUUUGGAUCUCAGCAGGUUUCUUACCCAGCUUUGGUUCUAUUCUUAGACACUCUGCCGCCUAAAGCAAUAGUGGGAGAGAAGUUUUUUCUUGACUUUUUCCAGAGCCUAUGGGCAGGAAGGAAUCCGUCCCAUUCCUCAAAUGCCAAUAGACUAGCAUUCUUCCGGGCAUUUAAAGAAUGUUUUCUUUGGGGAUUACGUAAUGCAUCAAGAUACUGUGAGGGAGUGGAUUCCAUCCGUCAUUUUCAGGUCACUCUGAUUGACAAUAUCCUUGUAAAGCUUUUGUGGCAAGACUACAUGUUUUUUGUCAGCUUAAAUAACCAGGACAAAGUCUUCUCCAGAAUAUCAGCAGAUUCAUCUGAGAACAAUGAUUCACCUUCUAAUGAGAAGAAAGUGGAAACAUCGACUAUUAAGUAUCCAAUGAGCUAUUUUAGAGACUUGGGAGAGUGUAUUAUUGAAAUUCUUUCAGGCAUAAGUUUAGUGGAACAUGAUCUGCUCUCGGGUUUCGCUGUUGAAUUUCAGGAAACUUGCCUGGUUAUGCUGCAGCAAACAGAGGACAAAGAAAGAGCUACUGAACAUUUAGAGCGGGUCACUCAUUUUAUCUCAUUAAUGGAGCAACAUGCAGUUCAUAGAGGUGAAAAUUGGCUUUUGGUUGAUUUGGUGGGACCAAUGUUGGUGAAGUCUUUCCCGUUGAUAAGAUCAAUAGACUCACCAGAGAGUGUGAGACUUCUAUCAGUUGCUGUUUCUGUAUUUGGACCACGCAAGAUACUCCAAGAACUUUUUAUUCACGAUAAAGGUCACUCCUGUAGUUUUCUGUCUGAUGGAAGGGAUAAGCAAUUGAAGGAAGAGCAGUUUAUACAAAUGUUCAGUGAAAUUUUUGUUCCUUGGUGUUUGCGUGGAGAUGAUUGCUCUACCAGUGCUCGACUAGAUCUAUUGCUUGCCUUGCUUGAUGAUGAAUAUUUCUCUGAGCAGUGGGCUUCUGUUAUAACAUAUGCAAUUGACUUAAAGCAUUCUGGAGUUGUGCCUGACUACCGAGUCUCCAACCAAAUAGCAGUGUUGGCAGUGCUGUUAGAGAAAGCAAGAGAUAAAAUUACAAUGAGGAAAGCGGGAGAAGAUUUUUGUUCUCGAAAAGGUGCCAAACCAGAUCACUGGCAUCAUGAGCAUUUAGAACUGGCUGCUCUUGCUAUUGCCCGUUCACUUCCUCCCUUCAGAAGUUCUGAUUCUCAGUUUCUGUGUGCUGUUCUUGGUAAAGAAGGGGAUGAAACUUCCUUUGUGUCCAGAAAUACAUUGAUCAUGAUAUUUGAGGAGGUUUUCAGAAAGUUACUCUCUUUUGUUCUGGAGUCAUCUUUGAGUUGGGUUAGGGAUGCAGGUUCUAUGUUAGCUGCUGGGGCAAAGAGUUAUGGGGUGGAACUGAAAAGCUCUUUCAAUGUGUGUGAGAUGGCUCAGUUUGCUCUUGAAGUACUUGAUGGUAGCUUCUUUUGCUUAAAGACACUCGGAGAGGAAAAUGGGCUACUGCCAGGUAUUUCAGCUGCAAUAUUUUUUAUGGACUGGGAGUUUAGCAUUGGGACAGCUAUAGAUGAUGCAAUUGAUGAUGACUCCAAAGAAAUAAUCAAGGCCAGGUUGGAUUUUGGUGAGUCACUGCAUGGGUUUUAUUGUAAGAUAAGUAAUCAAUUCUGGAAAAGCCUCAGUAUACACAAUAGAAGGAGAUUAGGGAGUAUCUUGAUUCAGUCUAUUCGUUCUGCCAUCUUCAGUGAAGAUAGACUAAAUGCCGAUAAAAUCACCUCUUUGUGCUGUUUGUGGAUGCUUGAGGUUCUUGAAUUUCUUUGCCAAGAUCGAGAUGAGGAACAAAAUCUUUUAGAUCAGCUUCUGAGCAAGAGUGAUACGUGGCCAUUGUGGAUCAAUCCUGAUCUUAACACCCCCAAGGUAGCAGCUGCGCUGGAUGUCGAAAAUGCACCCAUUGAUAUUCAUGCUUCUGGGAGUAACAAGUUUGUUUCUUUUAUCAACAAACUUAUCUUGAAAAUUGGUGUAGAUAGAGUUUUUGGUUUGGUUGAACAUAUUCCAUCUUCACCCGAGGAAGCAACUAAGGAAGAGGUUACUUCUAAAGCCUGGCUCGCUGCUGAAAUAUUGUGCGCAUGGAAAUGGCCAGGAGGCAGUGCUGUAGCUUCUUUCUUGCCUUUACUGAGUUCAUAUGCCAAGUGUAGAAGUUGUUGUUUCCAGGAAAGCUUGUUGGAUUCCAUUUUCAACAUAUUACUUGGUGGUGCUCUUGUUUGUGGAGGAAAAAGUGCACAUAGUUUUUCGUAUGUGUGGCCUGCUUCAGGUGAUGAAGUCAAGGAAAUUGAAGAACCCUUCUUGAGAGCUCUUGUAUCUUUUCUUUUUACUUUGUUCACAGAUGGUAUAUGGGAAACAGAGAAAGCUAUGGCACUGUUUGAAUUUCUUGUGAAUAAACUUUUUAUUGGUGAAGAAAUAAACAGAAACUGUUUGAGAAUUCUUCCUCCUCUUGUGAACAUUCUUGUACGAACAUCAUGUCGAAGACACAUUGGAUCUGGUGAAUCUGCUACAGACGCUAAACUUGAUUUGUCUGAGGAAAAUCAUAUGCAGGAUACUAUUGAAGGCUGGCUCCAAAGAACACUAUUGUUCCCACCUUUGGUUUUGUGGCAAACAGGAGAAGAUAUGGAAGAUUGGUUUCAGUUGGUUUUAUCCUGUUAUCCUUUUAGUGCAAUGGAGGGUAUGCAAGCGCUAAAGCAGGAGAGAAACGUCGGUGCUGCGGAGCAAACUUUUUUGCUUAAAUUAUUUCGGAAGCAGAGACAUGGCGCUGGUGCAUCAACUGCAGUUAAUAAGCUGCCAGAGGUGCAGAUGUUGCUAUCAGAGCUAAUGGUAAUUUCAGUUGGUUACUGCUGGAAGGAGUUUAAUGAGGAAGAUUGGGAGUUUUUGUUGUCUCAUUUAAGGCGUUGGAUUCAAUCAGCAGUCAUAAUGAUGGAGGAAAUAGCUGAAAACGUGAACAACGCUAUCAUUAAUGUCUCUACUUCUGAUAACUUGGAUGUUAUUUUUGAAAAACUUGAGCAAAUUGUUUUGGUUUCGGAUCCUUUUCCUAUAGAUAUUGCUACAAGUGCCCUCUUAUCAUUUUCUCUGUUUUCUGGGCCUCUUGUUAAUCAACAAGCAGAGAGAACAGAAAGAUUGGACCCCAUUAAAGACCGGAUUCUAGAAGGUAUUCUUCGCUUAUUUUUUUGCACAGGAAUCGCUGAGGCUAUCGCGAGUUCCUGUUGUCAUGAGGCUGCAUCUAUUGUAGCAUCUUACCGGCUUCAAUAUCCCUACUUCUGGGAGUUAAUAGCUUCAAGUGUUGUUAGUUCUUCGUCACAUGUUAGAGAUAAAGCAGUGAAGUCGGUUGAGUUUUGGGGACUAAGCAAAGGGCCUAUUAGCUCUUUGUAUGCUAUUCUUUUUUCCUCCAGACCAGUUCAUUUGUUGCAGUUUGCUGCUUAUGUUAUGCUUUCAACUGAACCUGUUUUAAACUUGGCUAUCAUUGGAGAAGACACUGCAUGUUACCUGGAUAGCAAUACUACUGGUGACCAGGAUUCGAGCCGCCUGGAUUUGUCAUCAAAACAAGAUAUCCAUUUGAAGGAAGAAAUAUCUUGCAUGAUUGAGAAGUUACCUUAUGAGGUUCUUGAAAUGGAUUUGGUGGCACAACAACGGGUAAAUGUCUUCCUUGCUUGGUCUUUGUUGCUAUCACAUUUAUGGUCAUUACCACCAUCAUCAAAUGCAAGGGAUAGACUGGUCCAGUAUAUACAAGAUUCCGUGAAUUCAGUGAUUUUAGAUUGCCUCUUCCAGCACAUUCCUGUAGAACUGUAUAUGGUACAUAGCCUGAAGAAGAAAGACAUAGAGCUUCCUGCUGAGAUAUCAGAAGUUGCAAGUGCAGCAACACGUGCCAUUUCAACGGGUUCAUUGUUGUGCUUUGUGGAAUCCCUUUGGCCUGUUGAAGAAGUGAAAAUAGCUUCGCUUGCUGGAGCAAUAUUUGGUCUGAUGCUUCGUCUUCUUCCUGCUUAUGUUCGAGGGUGGUUUAGUGAUUUACGUGAUCGUUCUACAUCAUCUGCAAUUGAAUCCUUUACAAGAGCGUGGUGCAGCCCCCCUCUGAUUGCAAAUGAACUAUCCCAGAUUAAGAAAGCAAAAUUUGCUAAUGAGAAUUUUUCAGUUAGCGUAAGUAAAUCAGCAAAUGAAGUUGUUGCAACCUAUACAAAGGAUGAAACAGGAAUGGAUCUAGUCAUCCUUCUUCCUGCAUCUUACCCUUUACGCCCUGUGGAUGUUGAUUGUACAAGGAGCCUAGGGAUUAGUGAAGUGAAGCAGAGGAAAUGGUUAAUGUCUAUGAUGUCAUUUGUCCGUAAUCAGAACGGAGCUUUAGCAGAAGCCAUCGGAAUAUGGAAGUGCAACUUUGACAAAGAAUUCGAAGGCGUUGAGGAGUGCCCUAUCUGUUACAGUGUCAUUCACACUGUCAACCACAGCCUUCCUCGCCUUGCUUGCAAGACCUGCAAACACAAGUUCCAUUCAGCCUGUCUCUACAAGUGGUUCUCAACUUCUCACAAAUCAACUUGCCCUCUGUGCCAGUCUCUAUUCUGAUCUAGACAUCAGCCUGGAGUCACAAGCUUUAACAAAAUUUACUUGUCUAUAUCACAUGGAGAAAAGAAGUGGUUGAAUGUAGAGUAGAAGCGUGGACGCGUGCAUCUAAAGAAAAAGACUCAAAUUUUUGUGCAAAAGAAGUAGAAAAAACGGGGAAGCAUAGUAUAGAAGGCAAAAUUAUUAGCAUGGACAUAUACUGGAUCAAUCCAUGGUCAUCAGAGCUUUGAUCUCUUCCCCCUGCUUCUUGUUCUCCGUUAUUACUUGUAAUGAUAUUACACAUUUAGAAGAUGAUAGUGCCAGAUAAGAAAGUCCUUGCAAGUAUUGUUAAAAGUUCAACAGAUCAAUAGAAAGUAAAUGAUAGGGUUCCUAGAUAUUCUCUUCUCUAUCAUUUGUGAGAAGCACAAAGGAAUGUUAGUGCUUUGUAGAAUUUAACCACUAAUCCUGACAACUUAGUCCUUGUUCUGUAUGUGUCUUUUAAUUUAAUUUCUAUCAAAUGAGGAAAUGCUCAUAAUUUCUUGGAAGAUUA